CCGUGUCCAGCCCGGAAAUGUGUGACGUUGCACUUUAGACCGAAAUUGACGUUUACCCUCUUACCAUUUUGCUCGUUUUCCCUCCGUAGAAGGGUUUAUUUAGAUAUAUUUACAUAUUUAAGGUUUACGCGUUGUUGUUUUUUUCGUCGUGAAACACAAUGCGCUGCUCGUUCACGGCUCUGCUGCUGGUCUCGGUGUUUCUGUUGGUUUCCGACGGUGCCUCAAUUCGCCGUGAAGCCAGUAACGUAAACGAUGAUGAAAAGAAGACAACUGUCCAACAGGCCGAAAAGGACAAGAAAGAGGCGGAAACUACCCAGUUAGAGGGCAAGAAUAAUGAGACUGAUGACCAGUCUGUUGACAAGACGAACGAGACAGCUGUCCAACCAGAAGCCGAGAAGAAUGAUGCAACAUCUGACCAAUCAGGUGACAAGAAAAACGAGACAAAUAGCCAAUCAGUCAACAAGAAUGAUGCAGCAUCUGACCAAUCAGACGACAAGAAAAACGGGAAAACUGGCCAAUCAGACAAGAAUGAUGGGACAACUGGCCAAUCAGACAAGAAUGAUGGGACAACUGGCCAAUCAGACAACAAGAAUGUUGGGACAACUGGCCAGUCAGACAACAAGAAUAUUGUGACAACUGGCCAAUCCGACAACAAGAAUAUUGUGACAACUGGCCAAUCGGACAACAAGAAUAUUGUGACAGCUGGCCAAUUAGGUGACAAGAAGUACAUGACAACUGUCAAACCAAACAGCAAGAAUGACAGGACAACUGGCCAAUCGGGUGCCAUAAAGGACGGAACAACUGGCCAGUCUGUUGGUGAGGAAGAUAAGACAACUGAAGACAUGGUGAAGACAACCAGUAAUCCUGUAGAUCAAGAAACCACCAUUCGUAAUGAAGGUGGAGAGGGAGAGAAUAAACCUGAGGAAGGAGGAGAGAAUAAACCUGAGGAAGGAGGAGAGAAUAAACCUGAGGAAGGAGGAGAGAAUAAACCUGAGGAAGGAGGAGAGAAUAAACCUGAGGAAGGAGGAGAGAAUAAACCUGAGGAAGGAGGAGAGAAUAAACCUGUUGAAGGAGAAUAUGAUCAGCCUGAGGAAGGAGGAGAUGAUAAGCCUGAAGGAGGAGAUGAUAAACCUGAUGAAGGAGGAGAUGAAGAAGGUGAUAUAGAGGACAAUGGUAAAAAUGUUGAUGAAACAAUUACAGAUUAUGAGACAGAUGAUGACCAUCGUGAUGCCGUUGAUGGUCGUAAAGAAACCGGGGGCGACGAAGAAUUUGUCGAUAUCCCUCAGAGGAAUGGUGGGCAGAAAGAGGUAUUUACCCCCACGCAGGAGGGCGAGAGCAGUCACUUCUUCGCCUACCUCGUCUCCACUGCCUUGCUGGUGGCCGUCCUGUACAUCGGAUAUCACAACAAGCGCAAGAUCUUUGCUUUUCUGCUUGAGGGCAGGAGGACAAGGUACACACGGAGACCCAAAACAUCAGACUAUCAGAAACUCGAUCAUCACUGAGUGGACGAGCCUCGGUGACGCUGUGAGCUGCAGGAGAGAGAGAGAGAGAGAGAGAGACGUGACUGUAAACACUUCCACUUUCUGUCUGUCUUCAUUCUGACCUGAUUACUUUGGUUUGUUUGUUUGUUUUUGGUUCGUUUGGUUCAAGUUCAGCAGGAGUGAAGGUGACGCUGAUGUUUCCUGCUUUAGUCCACUUUGAUCUCAGAGGGUUUGGUGUGUUAGAGAUACAGAGAUAUCAUGGGAACGGUUCCUCUUUAUGUCUUAUGGUUCUUGUUUGUUUGUUUAAUAUGAUGAUUGAUAAAUUAAAAGUCGAUAUUAUCUGUCCAUACAGAGAGAGAGAGAGAGAGAGAUGUCAAAGCUUCCAUAAUUCAGGGUUUAUUUAUGAAGUAAACGGCUUUGCACAGGCCGGGCUGUGGCAAUGUGCGAUAGAAGCACUCGGGAAACUCUCAUUACACCUCUUUAAAAAAAAAAAAAAAAAAAACGCCCUGCUUUAUUUUUAUUUUUUUAUUUUUUUGGGGGUCCAGGCUAGCUUCAGAAUAACGCUGAUGUUGUUCAGCGUUGUAAAAGUGAAGUGUGAUAAACGCAAAAGUAGAGAGAUUAGUGAAUUCUAUUCUGCCUGUUGCACUGUGUGUGUGUAAGAGAGAGAGAGAGAGAGUGUGUGUGUAUGUGUGUGUGUGAGUGUGUGUGAGUGUGUGAGUAAAGGAUCUCAGGAUGCUUCAGGAGAGUGGAUAUAGAACAUGGCUCCUAGUGACCCGAUUCAUGUGAAUUUUCUUUUCAACACAAAUUAUUCUGAAUCCUACUUUAGUGAUAAAGCUUCCAUAGGAGCUACACUGAGUACAGGCGAGUACACCCGAGUACAGGCGAGUAAACCCGAGUACAGGCGAGUACACCCGAG